AUGAGUUCCUUUUUCCGAAGUGAGGAGAUGUGCCUGGUUCAGCUGUUCUUCCAAACCGAAUCGGCACACUACUGCAUCAACGAGCUUGGCCACCUAGGACUAGUACAGUUCAAAGACUUAAAUCCUGGUACAGUGGCCUUUCAGAAGAGGUUUGUGAAUGAAGUGAAAAAAUGCGAAGAGAUGGAAAGAAUUCUUCGGUUCUUGGAAAAGGAGAUUAUGAAAACCAACAUAGUCAUUGCCACCAACUGCGAGAGUGAGAGAGUGCCCUGCCCCAGAGACGUUUUGGAGCUGGAGGCAACUUUUGAGAAACUGGAGCAGGAGCUGAAGGAGAUCAACUCAAACUGUGAGGCCCUCAAACAGAACUUCACGGAGCUGAUGGAAAUGAACUAUCUGUUGCACAUGACAGAAGAUUUCUUUGAAGAGGCUGAAUCGCAGUUGUCCUUCUCCGAGCUCGCCUCUGAAGAAUCUGUGUCCAUGUUUGCUUCGUCACGGGUGACCAGCCGCCGGACCAGCAUUGCCAGCGUCAGUGCCAGUGGGCCCUUAAAACUGGGGUUCGUGGCGGGAGUCAUCAAGCAGGACCGCUUCCCCGCCUUUGAGAAGGUCUUGUGGCGGAUGUUUCACGGGAAUUUCGUUCUUCGACAUGCUGAAAUCCAGUGCCCUGUGGAUGAGCACAUUGCUGAAGAUGCAGUCAAGAAGGAUGUCUUCAUUGUGUUCAUGCAGGGAAACCAGGUCAAAGGAAAAAUCAAAAAGAUAUGUGAAGGCUUUCAUGCCAGUUUGUACCCUUGUCCUGACACUGUUAAUGCACGAAAGGAGAUGAGGACCAGUGUUAACACACGUACUGACGACCUUCGAAUGGUCCUGAGGAGAACAGAAGAGUACCGAGAGACCAUCCUAACCACCGCGGCAGCUAACUUCCUCCAGUGGAGCACCAAAGUGAAGAGGAUGAAGGCCAUUUAUUACACACUCAACCUGUGCAACAUCGACAUCACCCAGAAGCUAAUAGUAGCAGAGAUCUGGUGCCCCGUGUCUGACCUCGGCGCUGUGCAUGCUGCUUUACUAAAGGGAUCGGAGCAAAGUGGAUCUAGUCUGUGUCCAGUUGUGAACAGAAUACACACCCAACAAACCCCCCCCACAUUCAACAGGACCAAUGCCUUCACUUCAGGAUUUCAAAGCAUCAUCAAUGCCUAUGGAGUGGGGAAUUAUCAAGAGGUCAACCCAGCUCCGUACACCAUUGUCACAUUCCCUUUCCUAUUUGCUGUCAUGUUCGGAGACUGUGGCCAUGGCCUGGUUAUGACUCUCCUUGCCGUUUGGAUAAUCCUGCAAGAGGAGAAGUUCCGAAAUCUAAAAAAUGAGCUCACUGAUGUCCUUGUUGGUGGGCGGUACAUUAUUGUUCUCAUGGGGGUCUUCUCCAUCUACACUGGCCUCAUCUACAACGACUGCUUCUCCAAGUCCUUCAACUUCUUUGGCUCAGCCUGGAGUGUCAAUGCCAUGUUUGGGCCUAGCGGACCAUGGACCAAUGAGACACUGCAUGGUUCCGAACAUCUUCAGCUUGACCCAGCGGUUCCUGGGGUCUAUUCAGGCAGUCCAUACCCAUUCGGCAUUGACCCGAUUUGGAAUAUUGCUACAAAUAAGUUGUUGUUCUUGAACUCAUACAAGAUGAAGAUGUCUGUCAUUCUGGGAGUGGUCCACAUGCUGUUUGGGGUCACCCUGAGCCUCAUGAAUUAUAUAUAUUUCAAGAACACCAGGAACAUUCUUCUCCAGUUCAUUCCUGAGAUGAUCUUCAUGCUGGCCCUGUUUGGUUACCUGGUGUUCCUCAUCAUCUUCAAGUGGUGUGUACUGCUUAAGUCUGACAGGGCACCCAGCAUCCUGAUCCUCUUCAUCAACAUGAUGCUUUUUGCCAAUGAGGACUCAGAUGAUGCCAUGCUCUACAAUGGACAGAAAGCGGUGCAGAUCUUCUUGGUGACACUUGCCCUCCUCAUGGUGCCCUGGCUGCUGCUGGUCAAGCCCCUCCUCCUGUACAGAGAACACAAGAAUGCCAAACAAGAGCAGAAGGCUUUGAAGAACAAUGUUCCUAUGAAGACAUGCAGGAAGUCUGCGUGCACCAACACUCAGAAUGACCAGGGGACAGCCGAAGCAAACACUGUGUAUGCACCCAACAACAACCACACAGAGACGGUCAACAUGGGAGAUGUGUUUGUGUACCAGGCCAUACACACCAUUGAGUACUGCUUGGGUUGUAUCUCCAACACUGCCUCCUACCUGCGUCUGUGGGCCCUAAGUUUGGCUCAUGCUGAGCUAUCAGAAGUGCUGUGGAAAAUGGUCCUUCACGUGGCUCUGACAGUCACCUCUGGUCUGGGGUCUGUCCUGGUGGCUGUUAUCUUUGCCGCUUUCAGCAUCCUCACUGUCACCAUCCUCCUGGUGAUGGAGGGACUCUCAUCCUUCCUCCAUGCCCUGCGCUUGCACUGGGUGGAGUUCCAGAACAAGUUCUACAAAGGUUCAGGAUACCAGUUCACACCCUUAUCCUUCAGCAAUCUGCUGAACAAAUGUCGAUAAGAAAAUCUGUAUUUGUUGUAA